CUCAUCUCUUCCCUCUGGCUUCGUGUGUAAAUUGCAGUCAGCCAAGGCUCAUUUGAAUUAUUUUAUAUAGAAUAGUUUAUAGACAGUGGGAAGGUGGGCACGGUGGGCGACGCUGGGCCGCUGGGCGGCGACGCUUGGCACGGUGGGCGGACCCUUGGCACACAUGGCGGGCACGCUGCGCGCGUAUAGCGUUGCCCCGGCGCUUCCGCCAAUGUACAAGGCCGCAGUCGAGGGCGGCGCCCCGUGCUCCUUCUGUUGGUCUCUGGGUCUUUCGAUGAUGAACUUCCUGGUGAGUCUGAUGAUCAUGACAGCGGCCGGGAUCCUUAUGUGAAUAGGAAUCCCCUCAUUAUGGUGAUGGAUGGCCCACAAGGACGCGAACAGCAACAAGCUGCGCGCUAUUUAGGUCGUGGAUGUUACUCGGUAACACCACCGCCACCACAGCAGGGACAAGCCUGCCAGGGGCAUAAUAUCCGGAAGGCUUCGGCCCUCUACGGGAACGCUCAAAGAGGGGAGUACGCAGCCGCAGACUGCGCGCGUCAACAUGACAUGGCCCCUACCACGAUCGGACUUGGAUGGGCCAACUCGAUCGCAGCCUCGAUGCGGCGGGCGCGAAGUCUAGUUCUAGCUUUGGGCCUUUUUCUAUGGCAGAACGCGCCUGAAGUUGCGGCAGAGGAGGAUCGUACGCAAAACGGCCGAAUGGACAUGGGGCGUAUAAUUUGUCACUACAAAUUCACAGCAUGUGUCUCACUUACAUCAACGAGACCCCAAACUAUAAUUGUAAUCUGACUCCCAGCGUUCAAGCAGGGAAAAACUGAUGAUUGAAGAUCGAAAGUCUCUCUCGUGUGGGUUUCUUGCAAAAAUAUAAAUAUACAACUAGC